AUGGUGGAGACUUGGGACGCUUUUGAGGGACUAAGGGACCCGGCGGCAUUGAAUGCCAAGGCAUUGAAGGGCCCCGCUACCGGGCCAAUCUACGUUAACGGUGCUGAACCCGGCGACGCCCUCAAGGUUGAAUUCUUGAAAAUAACUCCCAAGGAGGGCCCCGCCCACAUGGUGAUGCCCGGGCGUGGCUUCCUGGAGGAAGAAUUCACCGAAGGCUAUCCCACGGUCAUGACAAUUGAAGACGGCAGACUCGUGCUCCCCAGUGGCAUAAAGCUGACCAUGAAGCCCUCCAUGGGCCUGGUCGCAACCACGCCCACCUACGUCCAGAACACCGCCAGCGACAGUGGCCCCUAUGGUGGGGAUAUAGACAUGAAGGAACUGGUGGAAGGCAGCACCAUUUACAUGCCGGUGUUUGUCGACGGCGGCUUGCUUGCCCUGGGUGAUUGCCACGCCCUGGUAGGCGAUGGGGCGGUGGCCGGUACCGGUGCCGAGUGUUCUUCGGAUACCCAUAUCAGGGUCACGGUAGAAAAGGGGAUGAAUAUUGCCAGUCCCCGUGCCCUCACGCCGGACCACUUUGUAGUCCUAUCCUACGGUGAAGAUCUCUCCCCGGCGAUGAAGCAGGCGGUACGGGACAUGGUGGACUUUCUGGUCCCCUUGCUGGCGACGUCAGAGUUUCACGAACUUUUCGUCCCAUCAGUCCGGUAG